AUGACUAACGACUUUGCAGCCCCCUCUGCCAUCCAGGGCCGCUGUGUUGGAGACUAUGCUCUCCAGGACAGCAUUGGCCAGGGAGCCUGUGCCAAGGUGUACUUGGCCUGGCACGAGCUCACUGGGACGGAGGUGGUUGUGAAAGCCAUUAGUCUGAAGGGCUUCCCUAGAUACCACCGAGAACUCUAUUCUCUUCAGAACCUCAAUCACCCAAAUAUCACUGAACUAUUUGAGGUGAUUACCACCCCAGAUAAACUGUAUCUGGUUAUGGAGCACGUGAGGGGAGGGGACCUGCGUGAACACCUGGAGAACCACGGCCCCCUGAGCGAGCGCCAAGCCCGCGCCGCGUUCCGGCAGGUGGUGUCGGCGCUCCGGUACUGCCACCAGCGGGGCAUCGCCCACCGGGACCUGAAGCCGGACAACAUCCUGCUGGACGAGGACGGCACCUUGAAGCUGGCCGACUUCGGGUUCAGUCGGAGGGUGAGUGACGACUGCAAACUGAGCACCUUCUGCGGCACCUUCCACUACCUGGCCCCGGAGCUGCUGCAGCGGGAGCCGUACGACGGCCGGAGAGCGGACGUCUGGAGCCUGGGGGUGACCCUGUACAGGACCCUGACCGGGACGGUGCCCUUCCACGCGGACAGCUUCGCCAAGAUGAGGGACCAGGUCCUGGCCGGGCAGUUCGAGGUCCCCCCCUUCCUGACCAGGAAAGGUAAACACUUUCUUAGAAUGUUACUGACUGUCGACCCCAGCCAGAGACCCACCCUGGAAGAGGUCAUGCAGCACCCCUGGCUCACCGUGGGCCAGGAGGAGCUGCGGCCCUACAGCGAGCCGCCCGCGGGGGACCUGGACCCCCAGGUCCUAGAAAUGAUGCAGAGCCUCGGGUUCGAGCCGGACCAGAUAGAGCGGUCUGCGAGGGAGCGAAGAUUUGACCGGGUCAUGGGCACCUACCGCAUCCUGAAGCAGAUGGAAACCAGGAUGCCUGGCCACAGGGUGAAGCUACGAGGCGGCUCAGCCAUCUGA